AUGAAGUUCUCCUUGCUCUUCGCCACCCUCGUUGGCAUCCUCGUCAGCUCCUUCGCCGUCGCAACCGAUCCCCCUUACUGCACCGGUCUCUGCGUCUUUGGCUCUCUCGACGACUCGGGAUGCGACCCCAUCUCUCUCGAGUGUCUUUGCACAAGCAUCCCCUUUGCAAAGUCCCUCAUCGGCUGCGUGUUGGAGUCGUGCACCUGGAGGGAGUACAUUCCCUCAAUCAAGUACUUGAAGGAAACCUGUGGUGACACCUGGACCAGCGAGAUCACCGAUAUCAUUGACGAUAUAUUCUAA